UUAUCGAUAACUAUUUGGCUCUUGCUCUUGCUCUAAUCACACAGUAUGAUAUGUCAAAUUUGCAGAAAUUCUCCGAACAAUAGCGCCAUUUUUCUGCUUGUAAACGGUUUUUGUAUAUUACAUUUAAAGUUUUUUGUAAUAAAAAUUAAAUAAUUUGUGUAAACUGCGCAGUUAGUGACGAAAUACAAUGUUUGGUGGAACUAAACCCACGUUUGGCACCUCUACGGCGGGCACUGCAUUUGGUGGCUUCAACAGCACAACAACUUCUUCACCAUUCGGCCAGUCUGCUUUCGGUUCGACAACAUCAGCUUUUGGUGCUGCACCAACUUUUGGCACACAACAGCAAACGCCGUCAUUGUUUGGUGCAAAUACUGCACAACCUCAAUCGACUGGGUUAUUUGGUGCUGCAAAUACUACUUCGGCUUUCGGCGGCACUACGACUGCUCAACCUGCAUUUGGAGGAUUCCAGCAAACUGGGCAAACUCCAUCGAUGUUUGGCGCUCCACAACAGACUUCCAAUAUGAGUUCUGUUUUUGGACAAUCUAAUACAUCUGCUUUUGGAUCCGCUGUCAAACCCGGUACGCUAGGAGGCUUUGGACAGACUGCUGCGCAACCAACGACUUCAUUAUUUGGUCAACCUGCUGCUGCCACCAGCACAUCUGGUUUUGGUUCGUUUGGUCAAACACAACCAACUACAAGCAAUGUGUUUGGUAGUGGCACCACCAUGAUGAUGGGCGCAAAUGCCGGCUCGUCUAUUGCAAAGUAUCAACCAACAAUUGGUACCGAUACGCUCAUGAAAGCUGGCCAACCGAAUAAUGUGAACACCAAACAGCAUUGUAUUACAGCCAUGAAGGAGUACGAGAGCAAAUCUUUGGAAGAAUUGCGUUUAGAAGAUUACAUGGCCAAUAGAAAAGGUCCACAAGCUGGCACAUCUGCAGCAACUACCGGUUUCUUUGGUUCAACUACUCAACCCGCAGCAACAGGUACUGGUCUUUUUGGCGCCACCGCUCAACCAACUACCGGACUUUUUGGUAAACAAGCCACAGCAACAGAUAACAAAAGCUUGUUUGGUGGUAGUGCAUUUGGUCAAGCCAACACCUCCGCUUUCGGGGCAGCAGCGCAACCAAAUAGUUUUAUGUCCAAACCUUUCGGCGCACCAGCUACUAGUGGUUUUGGCGCAACCACAACGGACUCUUCUAAUUUGUUUGGUGCUAAACCUGCUUUCGGACAGGCACAACCAAGUUUGUUUGGCCAAACAUCGACAGCAACAACAGCGCCUGCAUUUGGACAAACUACAACCGGUUUCGCGGGAUUUGGUGCCGCAGCGCCAGCGCAACAACCAUCUCUGUUCGGCGCACCUGCCGCUGAUGCUAACAAACCUGCAUUCGGCUUAGGAACGUCAUCGGCAGCCAACACCGGCUUUGGUGGAUUUGGCACGGCGGCAACAAGCACGGCCGGCACUGGAUUGUUCGGAGCCAAGCCUGCUACAACCGGUUUCGGCGCUGCGCCGGCUUUUGGCGCCACAUCUACAGCCAAUACGGGUUUCACGAAUUUCUCACUGGGUAAUACUAGUGGGGGUUUGUUCAAUUCAACGCUAAACAAACCUGCGACUUCAGGAUUUGGUGCAUUUGGCACACAAACAUCUACAGCACCAUUGAAUUUUAACAGCGCUGCCACUGGCACUUCAAUGUUUGGCAAUGCUGCCGCCAAGCCCGGCGGUCUUUUUGGCUCCACUCUCGGUCAGGGCGCUACUAACACGACUGGUGGACUUUUUGGUGGUGGCGGUACAAGUGCUUUUGGCACCGGUACCACUUUGGGUGGAUUUGGUUCGAGUACUCUUGGUGGUGGAAAUAUGUCUCUUGGCGGACUUGGUGGUAAUCAACAACAACAGCAACCACCCAUACAUCAACAAAUACUGGCUAAAGUCACUUCCCCCUAUGGCGAUAAUCCCAUUUUCAAGGAUUUAAAGCGAAGCGACGAAACCGAUGCCACACGUGCCACAAAUCCAGCAGCACAAAAGGCAAUACUCGAGACAACAAUGAACCAAUUUAAGGUUUCUACGCGCUCCAGUCCGAGUGUAGUGCGCGUCAAGCCAAUCACGAGUGCGUUGACGAAAAAAUCGCUUUUCGAAGGUCUUGAGGAAUUUGAUUCGUCUGUGGAGACCUUUAGUCUGAAACCAAAUGCGAAACGUCUAAUAAUAAAGCAAAAGCCCACAAAUACAGUGGUCGGCAACAGCUCAAGCACUAACACUAGUCCCAAUAGACAAACGGGCGGUGUGGCUCAGCCAUCUAUAUCCACGCUUCGCAACGAAUCAUUCUCGGGGAAAAUACCAUUAGAUCCACCAACGUCGCAAGCAGCGACGAAAUCUUCCGCAUACCCUGGAGCAGCAAUUGCGCCACAAAUUGGACGCGAGAGUGAUAUUGGACGUCGAGAAUCGUGGUUGCAUCCCAAUAAUGUGGAGAGAAUGCGUCAACAAAACUUGAAUACGAGCAUUGAAAGCGUUGUGCCGCUGAACAGCACACUCUCGGAAUUGGUGCCACGAAAACCCUUGGACACUUUCCGCGCAACUGGUGGCACCAGCACAACGGGCACACCGCUCGGUCGUCCCACUGUUUCUACGGUGCUGGAGAAUACAUUUGAAGAGCAAACGAGCCGCGAGGCGUCACGUCGUGAUGCCACCGAUCAUCAUGACGAAAGCUUAUUCUCCAAUCGCUCAUAUCCUGGCGACGAGCGCUCUGUGCUCGAAGAAGGAGCCGAAGAAUAUGAAGAACACCCCACUGGUAUCACACUAAGACGCAUCGGUUACUACACGAUACCAUCACUGGACGAUCUAAAGUCGUAUCUCUCCGAGGAUGGCUCCUGUAUUGUGCCCAAUUUCACUGUGGGUCGCGAAGGCUAUGGUAAUGUUUAUUUUGGCAAGGAAAUGGAUGUGGCUGGCUUAAAUCUGGAUGAAAUAGUACACUUCCGCAACAAGGAAAUUAUCAUUUAUCCCGAUGAUGACAAUAAGCCACCCAUCGGCAACGGCUUAAAUCGCGAAGCGCAAGUGACUUUGGACCAAGUUUGGCCGCAUGACAAAACCAAGCACGAGCCCAUUAAGGAUCCAGUGCGUCUGGCCGACAUGGAUUGGGAGGGGAAAUUGCGCCGAGUUUGUGAUAAGAAUGAUACACGUUUCAUUGAAUAUCGUCCGGAGACAGGAAGUUGGGUGUUUCGUGUGAAGCAUUUCUCGAAGUACGGGCUCAAUGACAGCGAUGAAGAGGACGAGGGUGUGCCAACAGAUCCGAAGAAAGCAAAAAUGGGCGCUGCAGCGGGAGCGCAAGGUGCCACAGCAGUGGUGGCGGGACAAGUUGUCGCAGCUAAUGCUGCUUCAGCAGAUAAAAUUACAAUGUCGGCAUUGAAGAAUGCACAAAAGAUUUCUGAGGAUGCUGCACGUGCGCUGGAUCCAAAGAGUCUCGCUGCCGGUGCUGGAGCCGGAAAUUUUUAUCCCAUGGAUGAGUCUGCCGAGUUCAUGCUGAUGGAUAAGACACAAUUUCUCCAAGCAAAUGGCAACGAUUAUUCGCUCUAUGACGGACAGCAACAACAAAUUCCACGCGUAACUAGUCCAACAGCGUUUUUGGCACGUGAAGCCGGCACCGAUUCACACAAGCUGCAAUUGAUGAAGGCUUCAUUCUUCGGCGACGACGAUUUGGAUAAUAAGUCCGAGGGCAUUGGCGCCGAGCAUGAAAACAAUUACGAUUUUAAUCGCAAUCAGAGUCGUCGUGCUGGUGGAUUAUUUGGAAAACAUCUACAAGAUUUGCAGGCCUCAACACAAAACAUAUGGAAGGAGGCCGGCAUGGGCGGUGCGCUCUCGGAGGCAUCGAGUCAAUUGGAUUUCGUUCUGCAGGCCUCGCCAUUGCCACCAUCUUCGUCGGGGUCCGUUAUGAGCAUUAUGCGUGAAAUUGACACCGAACGUUCAACACCCGCCGCAGGUAGCGACUCAACAGCACCUUUGCAAAUGGUUAAAAUGCCGAAAUUCAUUGUGAAACCCAAAGUGGCGAGUGUGAAAGGGCUGGCACAUCAAGUGCCAAAUGCAAAUUCUUUAGCCUUCAAAUUGAAAGGCAUAUGGGCAGCGGAUUUGGGCUUGCACAACUAUCGGCGUUUCAAACUGGGUUUUGGGCCACAAAACACCCUCAUUGUGCCAACCACACGCAAGAAUCUGCAACAUGAAGUGCAAAAUGAACACCUCUACGAUGUGGCACCAUAUAUAUUCAAAGGACGCGCCGCAAAUGAUUUCAGCAACAUUGUGUUGCAACACAUCAAAAUAAGCUCCGUCAUGCAUUACGAACACUUCCAGGAGAGCAUUGUCACACAUUUGGAGCUGCAAUUGCGCAACUCACUGCAAGAGGACAUUGAGGGCAGUGAAUGUCCUUGGAUCAAGUCAGAUAAUGGCACCGAUUUGAUUGUGAAACAUCUCGACGAAGCGAUCAAACAAAUUAACCUGAGUCCCCUCGAGGAGUAUGCCGUUUCGGUGUGGUCACUGUGCUUGGCAUUAUGGGGUGAACACGAAGAGCUGGAGGGACGCGAACCAACCUCCCACUUUGCUGUAAUGUGUCGACGCAAUUUACUCUCCGAAUGGCUGGAGAAUACAUUGACCGAAAAAGAUUUGCUCACGAAGAGCGUGUCCAAACACACGUAUCUCGAUCAUUUGUUGCAGCUGGUGAUGUGUCACAAAGUCACGGAAGCAUGUGAGUUGGCUGUGCGUUACGACGACGUGAAUCUUUCAUUGUUGCUGUCACAACUCUCUUCGGGCCCCACUGUACGUCAGCUAAUGGAGGAUCAGUUGGCCGCUUGGCACAAAGACGAAGCCGAUAAAUUUAUACAAUUGGAACGUAUGAAGUUGUACAUGCUGGUUGCGGGUGUGGCGCUAAUGGAUUCCGGGCAUGGUCCUAUCAAUACUUUGGAUGGCAUUGAAUGGAUUAAAGUGCUAGCGAUACAAUUGUGGUACCUCUCAUCGCCUACUGCAUCUAUAACUGAUGCACUUUUGGCCUACGAGAAGUCCUUCAACUCAGAGGAAUUCUACUCAUUGCCGCCAACGCCGUGUUACAUGGACAAAACCAAUUUGAAUGAAAAGCAUGUGCUUUACGAUUUGCGUUACCACUUACUGCAGCUAUACUCGAAACGUAGCCAUCCAAUGGAGAGUCUCUUGAAUCCGGCCACACACACUGCCGACCCAAUGGACUAUCGCUUGAGUUGGUUGCUGUUGCAAACAUUGGAGGCCAUCGGUUAUCGCCACUGUUCCGAGCUGAGUGAGAGUCAAUUGCAUGUUGGCUUCGCCAGUCAACUGGAGAGUAAUGAUCUCUGGGAGUGGGCUAUUUUCGUGCUAUUGCAUAUUAAGGAUCGUAAUCAACGUGAAUUGUCUGUACAGAAUGUACUUUACCGUUAUGUGAGUGUUUCCAAAGAUGUGGCGCUGUCGGAAAAGGAGAAAUUCGUUAUCAAUAAUUUGGGCGUGCCAGAGAAAUGGAUUGAUUAUGCAAAAGCCGUGAAAGCGGGCGCUAUUGGCAACUACCAAUUGCAGGCCAAAUAUUUGUUGAAAGCAAAACAAUGGGCAUUGGCGCAUGAAGUCAUCUUCCAGCACAUCGCACCCGAUGCAGUUAUCAAUGACAAUCUCGACUACUUACACGAUUUGUUGAGCCAGUUCGAGGGUGCGGAGGCAAAUAAAACCAUAAAAGUACCAAAUUGGUCGAAUCAGGGACAAAUCUUUUUAGAUUUUAUUGAUAUUAAUGAAAAGUUCAAGAGCUUGAAAUCACUAAAGACCGAGGCCGAUAUUGAGGCACGUUGGGAGAAUUUAAAACCACAAUUGGCUGAUUUAUGUUCGCGCAUAAAUCUAUUACCCUGCCCCACGGCCAAACAUCGUCUGUGUCAGAGUGAGAUCGCACAAAAUCUCGCUUGUCUCGUGCGCGGCGUGCUGCUCGUCUGUCCCGUGUUGAAUCCAUGUUUGAUUAUAAAGAUUGCAUUGGAACGGCUGCCUUUGCCACAGGAAUUUGCACAACAAGAGCUGCGGGCACUGCUCGACACGCUGGUCGAUGAUUUGGCUAAAGUGAAUGCUAGCGAUAACAACGAACUCAUCAUGGCUAAAUGACACUGAAUGCGCACCGCAAUGAAGUAGUAAAGUUAUGUUUAAUUUUAGUGAAAGAAAAAGAAGAAAAUUUAUAUAAUUGCAAACAGUUUUGAAUUGUAUGCACAUUUGGGUGACUUUCGUAACAUAUUUAUGUGAAAUAACUGUGCGUUUUACAAACAAAUCAUAGCAGAACUGUUGUUUUUACUACGAAAAUUGGUAUACUAUUUCCAAUAUUUUUGUUUUUUUUUUUCUUAAAGUUUAUGCUGUGAUUUCAAAGUAAACGCCACUGAAAUUUCAUAUGAAUAUGUUGCUUAACAACCCAUCCACCGCAUAAAAUCACGCAUUUGUUAGACCUUUGGUCUCACAUUUGCCGUUAAUUAAAUGUAAGAAUUUAUUUUCUCUAAUUUCCCUAUGAAAAAGUACACAAUUCCAUAAAUAUUUGUUAUAGUCCACAGAAAUUCGUACAAUUUGUUUAGAUUUCGCGUAUAGUUUAGUGUAAAACCAUUAAUUUCUAAUAAAAUAAAAUCAUAAAUUACCGUUAAAGUGA